AUGGUAUUUGUCAAUAACGCAAAGAGGCAGACAAAGGGCCGCUCGCUCUCCUUCUUCCGGUGGUCCUUGAGCUUGGCCUGCAGACUGGUGGACGUGCUGAAGACAUUGCAGCUGGGCGCCGGUUCGUUUGAAGCCACGACGAUUGCGCUCGGGGCCAGCGGCUUCGGUGACAGCGACGACGACGACGGAUAA